AUGGAGGAUGGAACAGAGCAGACGAAUUCCGCAGUUGAUGAUUGGCAUUCGAUUCAAGUUAGUGAAGGCAUUGUGGAUGGUUCAGUGAGUUCAGAUCAAGUAGAUGUAGAUGUUGAUGGAUCUUCAUCAAUUCCAGUUGAUCAAGAUUUGGUUGGUUUGGUAGUAAGUAAUGCUGAUGAGGCUUUUGAGGUGUAUAACAGUUAUGCAUAUAGACUUGGUUUUAGUGUGAGGAAGGGUCAUCAACGAUACAAGGGAUCUUCGAACACAAUUCAAAUGAAGAAAUUUUGUUGUUCUAAGGCUGGUUACAAGGCUAACAGUGGGGUUAAGGCUUAUUCCAAAAUUGACACAAGGACAGGGUGUGGAGCGUUUGUUCAAUUUGACGUGGGUGAUGAUGGGUUGUGGACAGUUACGAAACACGAGAAAGUGCACAAUCACGAGUUAUGUGUGUUCAACAAGAGUCAUCUACUUCGUUCACAUAGGAGUGUCGGAGAUAAUCAGCUCUUAUAUUUACAAGGUUUGAAGGACAGUGGUGUUGCAUUGGCAGAUGGUAUUAGGUUCCUAAAACACCAAUCGGGGGGGUCCCCUUUAGUUGGUUUCACCAGUAGAGAUGCUUAUAAUUCAAUGGCUGCGGAUACUGUCAAGCGAUUGGAUGGAACGGAUUCUAACUCUUUAAUUGAAAUUUUUAGGAGGAGGCAGUCUACCGAGACUGAUUUUUUCUUUGAUUUUGAACUUGACUUGGAUGCAAGGUUGUGCAUUUUUUUUUGGAGGGAUGGUCAAAUGAGACGAGAUUACGAGGUGUUUGGGGACUUGUUAGUGCAUGAUACGACAUAUCGCACAAACAAAUACGAUAUGAUUUGUGCCCCUUUCGUAGGGAUGAAUCACCAUUGCAUGAAUGUAAUGUUUGGAUGCGGGUUUUUGAUGAACGAGAGGAUAGAAUCGUUUGUGUGGUUGUUUAAAGUGUUUUCAAGAUCAAUGGGUGGCAAGUCUCCACAGACUAUUAUGACAGAUCAAUGUGCAGCUAUGGCUGCUGCUAUAUCUAAAGUGUUUCCAACAUCACGUCAUCGUCUUUGCAUAUGGCAUAUCGGUGAGAAUUCAAAGAAGCAUAUCAAGACGUUAAGGAGCAAUAAGGAUUUCUUGGAUAUGUUUAACUACGUGUUGAAAUACACAGAGACCGAAGCUGAAUUUCAAUUCUAUUGGACAAGGUUGGUGACUGACUAUAAAUGUCACAAGAAUACUUGGUUAGAAAAGCUAUAUGACUGUAGGGAGAAGUGGUGUCCAGCAUUUAACAAGGACUAUUUUUCUGGGGGCAUUCUAUCAUCACAAAGGAGUGAAACUACAAAUCAUUCGAUUUCUAGAAGGUUGUCCAAGACAGCGGGUCUUUGUGAUUUCUAUUCAUCGUUUGUAAGCGUAAUUUCUGAAUGGAGAAGUAAAGAGAACGGUGAAGACUUUCGGUGUGCUCAAGGGGUACCCGCUAUGAUGAUGGAGCAUGUGAAACUUCUUUCACAUGCUAGAGAGGUAUACACGAUUGAGAUAUAUUUUCUGUUUGAGGAACAAUUCAUGAAAGGCAGUGCGUGUCAUCAAGAGAUGGUGUUGAAUGAUGGCCGUCAACAGAAGUAUCACGUGUGGCGGCCAGAUAUAGAUAUUAUAAGAAAAUUUCAAAGAUUAGUUGUGUCUAGUCAAGAUAGCAGCGUAGCGAGGAAACUGUGUGACGAGGCUGUUGAUGAUGUAAAGAAAAAGGUUGAAGCCGAGGUUGGGCAUGUGCAUAUUGAAGAGUGUGGUGUUUCAUCUUCAAGUGGUGGUGUUCAAAAUCCUUCAAGUCGGAGAUUGAAAGGUGAGCGUAACAAAAGGAGGAGUGGUGUUAUUGAAAAGAAGUACAGUCUUGCAAGGGGGAGAAGGAGUGCUGCAAAUAAAGCUGCAUUGAGUACAAAGGGUGCUGUUCAGUCUUUGGUGUUGGAAAACAUAUCCAAGCUUGCUGGGGAUGGAUACCUUGUACAUCCAAGUUCUUCAAGUUCAGAUUUUGUUCAGUUUAGUAAGGGUUUAGAUGACAAUGUAGGUGUAGAUUGA